AUGUACACUGCCCGUGCCGCCGUCAGACCAAAGCUCUCUCUGAGCAUCUCUACUGCACAGAACGUCCCUCGGCCCUCAUUGUCACUCAAGUCACCAAGUGCUCUUCCUCGCACACCUGUCUCACCCAUUUCCGCCGCGAGCCCGACCAGCAUGAGAUUCUCGUCAUUGCAAAUGCCAAGUUACUCAUACACAAACUCUUGUUCAUCGAAGAGCAUCCUCAAGAAGCAGCCGGCCUCGCGAGCGGGCGCUAUUGACAAGCGCAUUCAAUUCCAGGCAACACCAACUGUUCACUGCGUGACGCCGAUUGAAAAUCCAGACGAAUAUUACGGCAAGCACAUGAAGAUGUCACGAGAAGAGCGCCGAUGGACGGUUCGCCAGUGA